AAGGUACAUAUAUAUAUAUAUUUGUGGAUUUUUGUGUAAAAGUUUUUAGUAUACUUUGUGUAGAGAGAGAAUUAAAAUAGUUAUUGUUGAUAGGAUUCAUACAAGAUUCAACAUUGGAGAAGCUAUUAUGUAUUGUUUUGUAUAUGAGAUACAAAUUAAUAUCAUUUAUUUUAUUGAAUGUAGAUUUAUUACUUUGAUUUUUUUUUGGCUAAUUUGAAUGUAUAUUUGCAUUGCAGAUAAAAUCUUUCAACAUAAAUAUGAGAAUGAAGGGAUUUUUUAUGGUUGCUAUUGUAUUGUGUAAACUUUUAUGUUAUUGCAAAUCUCAAGAACAAUCAGUAAAAUUAUCAAGAGAUGAACUUCUUGAAAUAGAGAAUCAACUUGAGCGACUGAACAAAUCAUCAAUCAAAACUAUAAAAACACAACAUGGAGAUAUUUAUGAUUGUAUUGAUUUUUACGAACAACCAGCAUUUGAUCAUCCUUUGUUGAAGAAUCACAAAUAUGAUUUUCAAAUGGGACCUUCUUCUCAUCCCAAUCCGAUGGUUAGGGAAAACAAACCUCCAAAAAAUGUGAAACAAGUAUCGAUAAAUAAUGGGUUAAAAGGUGAAAAAUGUCCAACUGGGUUCAUUCCAAUAAGAAGAAUUACCAAGGAAGAUCUUAUCAGAGCCAAAUUAUUUACAAAGUCAUAUACUUCAAGAAUUAAUUCUCCUCCUACUUUUCAUCAUGCACUUGUUUACACAUCCGAUCCAACCAAGAAAUACAAUGGAGGUGGAACAUUUGCAAGUUUUUACACACUAUAUAAUGUCACUGGCUCACAAUAUACUUUUGGUCGAAUAAAAUUGCAAAAUGGACUUGAUAUCAUUCAAGCUGGUUGGGGAGUAAAUCCUAGUGUAUAAGGGGAUAAUAA